GUCAGUCACAUAAAGCCCAUCACACCGAAGAGCAGGCGAGAAAUAAUAAACAUGUCACUAACAACAAUCUCAGAAAAGACGAAGGUGGAGAUUACUCAACAAGAGUUAUCAUUGAUAGAAAAACCAAAACAAAGCAGAAUGAACUGAGUCAGGAAACUUCAGAAGACAAAGAUGAAAAAUUAUCAAAACAAAACAAAGAUCUUUCUCAAGAUCUAUUCAUGCUGAAAAAUGUUGUUAUCAGAUUGAAUAUGGAAUUGGAAAACGUUCAAGAUAAGUCAAGGGAGUAUUUUAUGCAUGACAGAGACGCAUGUAAAGACUUUGAAAUCUCGAGAGAUCUUGCAGUAAAAAAACAACCAACUUGGGGUCGCAGUGAUAUGAAUGCUGUGGCUCCUCUACUUCAAGCUUAUCAAGAGGCAAUUGAAGACAAAGAUAAGUUGAUCAAAAAUUUCCGAUGUGAAAUAAAUAAGUUCAGCGGACAUUGCAAGAAAGUUGUGAGUGAUAAUGUCGGUCUUCUCAAACAAUUGUCAGAAGAAAAAAAGAAGUGUAAAUCUAUGCUGACUGAAUGGGAAGUGAUGCAUAAAGAAGUGUUUACAACCAAGGAACAGAAUCGACUUCUAUGCCGUCAGUCAAAGCUUCAUCAGAAUAGCAUCAUCGAACUCCAGAACACAUUUCGUGAACACUUGCUAGAGAUGAGCAUGGUGAAAGAGCAAGUGGAGGAGCGUCUGCUCAAGUCACAGAUGCAAUUGUAUUCACUGCGUGGUAAAUUCUCCAUUUUGACUGAAGAAUGUGAUAACCUGAAAUCAGAUGCCAAUCAAAAAAUUCCGGUAACAGUACACAGAGCUGCUGUAAUGGAAUGCAAGAGGUUGUUUGAGGAAUUAAAAUUGCGAUACGAAGGUGAGCGGGAUACUUUGAUUAAGAAAAUGGCAUUCUCAUCUGCAUUUUCUUCUCAAGCGGACGGUGACAUACAGAUGGUGGACUUGACUACUGAACGUGCUGAAUUGGCCAAUCAGAACAAAACUCUUGAAAAAGAAAUGAAGAAACUCGAAGAAGAAAACCAAAAAUUGGAAGUAAAAUUGAAUCAAAGUGAACGUAACCGUGAAAUUUGCAAGAAACAAUUGAGUCAAGUUUUGGGGUUUGCCAAGGAGCUGAUAAGUGAACAGGAAUAUUUAUUGUUGAAAUUUUCAGAGAAGCAGGCUGCGGAUGAGUUACGAUCAGAUAUAACCACCAGAAUCGGUCAACUGCAGAAUAGAUUGAGAAAUGUGGAGCGGGGAGCCUGUCUUGAGUUAGAGGGAAUGGAGCAAAAGUUCAAGGAGCAUGCAAGUGGAAUUGGACGAAUGAAGGAGCAUUUUCACAAAGAAAUUUGCCGCCUUGGAAAGCUACUUGAUGAAAAAGAAUCGCUAAUCAAUACACUAGUAGCGGAAAAACAUAAACUGGAGGAAGAGAAACGGUAGCUUACAUCGUGCAUUAUACUCCAAUUUAAACAUCAUGCCAUAAUGUUCAGUAAGUCAUAAGUGAUAAGUUCAAUACUGUAAAGUUAUCUUAGUCAUAAGUUAUGAUAUGUAAUAUGGU